AUGGCAAAGGUCGAUGUACCCUCUCCCAAGGACCCCGGCAGCGUUGGAAGCACCGGCGCAAACAAUAGGGAUGAGAUUAUUGACCCUGACUUCUCAGUUUCGAGGUACUGCUUUCCACCACCCAUGUACGAGAACCUUGAAGACCUGAAGAUGUACCAACCAGGCGGCUUUCACCCGAUCCACAUUGGUGACAUCUUCGACCAGAGAUUCGAAAUCGUCCAUCGGCUCGGAGACGGAGGCUACGCGACAGUAUGGCUAUGCCACAACAUCAAGACGCAGUGUUGGCGGGCGGUCAAGGUGCUCGCUGCUUGCAAAUCUCGGUCUCUCCAAGCCUGCACCGAAUGGACGAUGCGCGACGUACUUGGAGGCUCAAGCCUCGUGGCACUUCCAGAGGAUUUCUUCUGGGUCGAUGGACCCAAUGGUAGACAUCUGGCGCUAGUCUUGCCCGUUCUUGGCCCCUCAAUCUCUGCGACGCGGUGCAAAGAUGUCGACAGUGCCAACCGGAUAUGCCGCCUCAUGGUUGAAGCGCUCGAUUUCCUUCACAGUAAGGGGAUCGCUCACGGCGACUUUAGGCCUUCGAACAUCCUCCACCGGCUGCAUAGUCUCGAUUCUCUGAGUAAGGAACAGAUGUGCUCACUGCUCAGAAGGCCAGACAGCGACUCGACUACUUAUUAUGUGCGACCGAAAGCGGGCUACAGUGUGAGGCCAAAUGCACCAGACUAUGUCGUUGCGGCGGCAGACUUGAGAAAACUUCGAGAUUUCAUCAAAGAGGAUGAUAUCGCGGUUAUCGACCUUGGUGUAGCAUUCAAGCUUUCAGAUCCUCCUGAGCAUACGACUGGUAUUCCGCUUUCGUAUAGUGCCCCAGAGCUGUCAUUUCGAGGGAGGCCCAGCGCUAGUAGUGAGGUCUGGUCCCUUGCAUGCUCAAUCCUUGAGAUCCACGCCGGUCUGCGAUUUGGCGAUGACGUUUACCAAACCAUUACGAGUAUGGAACUUUUCCUCGGGCCAUUACCAGAGCAAUAUCGGCCAGUCUGGGAUGAGCUGUAUGCGCUACCUGUUGUGGACGAGAGCGACUCCGAUGAUGAUAGUGAUUACGAACCCGAAGAUUACGAGUCAGAAAAGCGGUAUCUCAGAUGCUUGGCCCGGGAGAUGCGCAAGAAGAGGUUGACCCUAGAGAAGAACAGCGGUUACGCUAAACCGCUAAAUGGACGUCUUGGGAAGCCGAGGUAUCGCAGGGCAUUCGACGGCACCAAGAUGAAGCCUUUCUGCAUACCACACGACGAGGUCCUCCAGAUCGCAGACCUGCUCCGGCGAAUGUUUCGAUACCACCCGGCAGAUCGAUUGUACCUCAAUGAUGUUCUGCAGCAUCCUUGGUGUUCCCAUCGAACGCGGCUGGAAGGUUAG